AAUUAAUAACAUUAUAUAUAAAAAGAAAUUAUUUUUUUCGACAAUUCCAAGAGAGAGAGAGACUCGAGGAGAAGACACGCAAAUGGCGUUCUCUGCGAACCCUCUCUCGCUAAGCGUACCCGACGCAGCUUUCGAGUCAUGGCUCCGAGACUCCGGCUAUCUCGAGCUCCUCGACCACCGCACCUCCGCCGCUGCAUCCGCCGCGGCAUCGUCUUCCGCUGCCGCAGCCGCCUCGGCUUUUUGAGACGGGGGUUCCCCCUCCAUUACCGGUGGGUUCUUCGCCUCUCUUUUGUCGCGGUUCAUCACUCUCUUAUCCCUCCUCGCUUUCAACCCAUUUGCGAAACUCGCCGCCGAUGAUUUCUCCGGAGAUACGCCGCCGUGGACCACCGGAUUCUUUGGCUCCGUCGACUCGUACUCGUUCCCGUCGUCUUCUCAGCAGGCGAGGAUGAGGGUCCACGAGAACGUCAAGCGGUUCGCCAGGAAUUACGCCACGCUUUUCAUCGUCUUCUUCGCUUGCGCUCUGUAUCAAAUGCCACUUGCUCUGGUUGGGUUGUUAGCCAGUCUGGCCCUUUGGGAAUUGUUCAAAUUCUGCAAUGGCAAAUGGGAAUUCGAUCGUUACCCUGCAAUUCGCCAGUUUCUGAUUCGUAUUGCACAGUGCGCAACUGUAGUUCUUCUGACGCUUUUGAAUGUCCAAACGGCUCUCUUCUGUGCACUUGCCAUCAGUUAUGCAGUGAUGAUAUUGCACGCCGGCUUCAGGAAGCUCACCCCUUCCAAGAAGCCAUCUCGACGGAGAUGACCGAGUUCAUUUUAAUGGCGGAAUUUCGGGUAUGAUCCUUGUGUAUUUUGCAGUGCAAUAAGACAUUGAAGGAUGAGUUCGUAUAUGGAGGCCCUUUUUUUUUUUUGCCAUUACUGAGACAAGGCAAGCUUCUGAGGAGG